UGGAUCUUGGCUGGUGACCUCAGUUCCCCAUCCUGACACCGGUGAUGCGGCCAAGAAGUCCGCGGAGGAGCCGCGUCACGGGGCGGGACUGACGGAAGCGGCGUGAGCCUGAGUAGGAGAACGCUGCUCCCUGGAAUACUGUGUAGCCCAGGUGUGGCGGGGUUGAGGUCCUUUCUCCCACUGCGAUUUAGAACCAACCGUGUGGCGGGGAGUUGGUGAAGAAGUCCCAUGACAGAAGCACCAAAACUUACCUCUGAUCGAGGACAACGUUGCUGGUAGACGCAUUCUCUACUCUGAUUCGUGGCAAGCGUCCAACACCGGUGAAUUGAUAGAGGCCAAUUCACUUGAUUCAAGGUUAAGAACAGCAACAGGUGUGCGAGUUUGUUUUAGGUCUCACGCGUUGUAAUGACUUAUACUGAUUUCUGUGAUGGAUUUUACGAACUCUCUCCAGAGUCCUACUUUUCAGUGUAACACGGGAGAUGUGCUACCUUUCUGCCAGAGUUGUGUUUCUGUACCUGUUGCUCAUACUGUAGUGUCGCAUUGUGUGACCUUCACAACCAUCCCUUGCCAGAGUUCAGCCAUAACGGAAUUCCCACAACGACAAACACCCGUGCGUAGAUCUGCAGACCUAUCUAGUGAGGGCACCUGUGAAAACUGCAAAUUGGCGAAGAAAGAUUCUCUUAACAGACAGGUGGUCGAGUUACUGAAAAAACACACUGCAGUUGAAGUUGAUGGAAAAGAGAUUCUGGGGUGGUACAUUCUACUUGCUGCUGAAGAGAGAAACAUUAUAAAAGAAUUUGGUGGCUUGGAAAAAUUUCUCAAGGGCAACCCAUCUCUGCAGCCAUAUAAUAAUUGGGUGACGCUGAAGAGUAAAAGUUACUUGAAGACCUUUGACAACUCCUGUGACAUUUACUGCACCAUCAUGGAGAAGCCAGAGAGCUUUAGUCAUAAAUAUAACCCAAACUACAGUAAGGUGUGCUCUGAGGGAGUGCUGCAUCCUCCUGGGUAUGGCCAGUCUGGUAAGGAGCUGAUUACAGAUGUGAUCCCUCAACGAGAAGCAUUGUGGCUUGAUCAGACUGAUACAGAAGAGCAGCGUUGUGAGAAUGAGCUUUCAGCGUGGGAAUAUGAAACACAAGCUGCUCCAUGUUUGGAAGUGUGGGAUAGUGAAAAUGAUUGUCCACAAACUUCUGGGGAUCCUCCAUACCCGGGUGUGUCUAGUAAUGUGCAAGUGAAAACACCGGAUCUUAUGCCAGCUGUGCCCAAUGUAUGCGAGUCUCUUCAUGACUCUGGAAUUACUGAGGGAGAUUUGGUUAUUGAAAGCACAAAUUUAGUCUUCAAAGAAUCUGGCCGUGUAGCUGAACUAAACAAAAUUUAUGACUCUCUACAAUUUCAGACAUACCGCUCGGAGAACUCUGACCACUCUGGGGACCAAGACUGUUCAGCGAGUGACCUUCUCGAUGAUGAAACAUUUCUGUCUGUGAGAAGUGGCAGCUUUCACAGUAGAUCAAGUUCACAAUUUUCGCUUGAUGAUACAGAUGUAGAGCAGUGUACCUUUGAAGAGGCCCUUGAAGACCUUUCCAGUUUUUCUUUGUACAGCCAAGUUAACCCUCCACCUGGUCUUCCGUUUACAUCCACUGAUACCAGGCCUCCAUCUGCCAUAAUUAACCCGUCUACAGAGGUCAAGAAGGCUUCUAAAACUGAUUGUUACAUCAAAGGAACUCCGAUCGUAAAAACGGGCCCACAAUGUACUGGAGUAAAUCCAGACAUGACUAAUGGAUUAUCGUCACUGACUCAGGACACAGAACAGGCAGGAAAUGGAGCCAGCAAAAAGAUGGAGGAUUGCAAGGGGGUUAGUGAUGGCUUGCCAUCGGCUUCUAGUGAAGCCAGAGCAGUAAAGGCUGAAAUCCUGCUUUUGGAUGUGCAGCGCUGGUUGUGUUUACAGCUCUGCUGGAAAACGCAACAGCAGAGCAUGGAGACGGAGCCUUUCCUUAGCCUGCACAGAGCACCUACUGAUCAGCCCCCAACUGGGGUUCGCUUCAAUCUCAUGGCGGCUCUCGCUGAAGUAGAAGAGAAGUACCAGGAAAUGAAGAAACAAAUUCAGUCUGGCAUACCACUUGAUGCAUUGAAGCCUCUCAAUAUGCAGCUCACCGAAUUGAAAUCUCCAGCUGAUAACUUACUGAAGGAAUGCUUCAUGGAUACUCCUCAGCACAGCACACUGCAGAACAGGUCUGAUAGUGCAUCUUGGGGAUUCAAGAAAACUAAUAGUGUGGCAAAUGAUCUGACAAGCACGUCCCUUUCUGCUACACAGGAUACCCAGGAGAGAGGAGAGGGAGAAGGCAGGAACUCUGGGACUCAGUCAGGGGUGCAGCAAGCUUACUAUGUCCACGUGGGAAAUAUAGCGCCGUCAGUCACAGAGGAACAAGUGUUGAAUGUCUUCCAGAAAUAUAAGGUGUCUAAUGUUUUUCUUGAAGACUCGUCUAUGAUGUCCAGGUAUGCUGUACUGAUCUUCACUAGUCCAGAACAAGCACAGGCUGCUGUAAAAGAAAUGAAUUUAAAGGAGCUUUGGGGGAAAAAACUAAAAGUUCGUGCAGUCAACAACUCCAACAGCAAUUUUCCAAUAGCAUUCAAAACAUCUGGAACUUUGCCCCAAGGAGGAGUCAAGAUUGGCAGCACUGUGCCUGAAGGAUGUUAUCCUUCGCUGCCGUCAGCAUUUGGCAGGGCACCCAAAACAGGCCCACAUGUCGACACUCCCAUAGCGCAAGGUGGUGGAAGCGGGAGAGAUUUCUUUAUGAGCGUAACAAACCAAUAUGGGUUCUUUCCUCACAAUAAUGUAAAUAAAGUAUUUCCAGCUACAUCGUACAGCAAUAGCCCUAGUGUCAUGCCUCCUGGCAGCCAGUGGAUGUUACCUGCACCUUACCCAAACAUGGCUUACAGUGGCACACCAUAUCCAAUGGCUGUUCCAUAUAUGUAUCCACUAAGUUCAUCACCCAGCUGUACUCCAUGUCCCCUACAGGUUCCCAUGACAAAUACCAACAUUUUCACACCAGAUAUUAAUAUGAAACCUAAUGCACCCACUUACGUUGGUAAACUUGGUAGCAAUUACGUGCCUGUUAAGUCAGUGAAACCGAUGCAUGCCACAAAUGGCCAAAGCAGAGGUAGAGCUAAAUUAUUCAAUGUAAGGGAUGCUGUGCAGAAAAAUACCAGGCCUUCAACCGCUGGAACGCUGGUACCGGAAAGAGAGGCCAAUGCAGGAGGCACAACAGAUAAGCCAACUGCUGCACAGACGGUCAGUAAACCAGCUUCUGUCUUCACAUCAAACGACUGGAAAUUGUCAGACACAGUCUCUGUAGCAAAUACCCCGACUUCUUUGGUUAAAGAAGGAACUGCUGUAAGUGAAAGUGUGUCCUCCCCUGAGAGCUUACUUUCAAAGCCUACUUCAGGGCCGUCCAUCUACAAGCCUGCAGCACCUUUGAGAGUUCCAACAUUUGUCCCAUGCAGUGUGACAAUAGAAGGAGACACUGAAACCUCUGCAAAUGCUACAUCCAACACAGGAACCUUGUCCCAAUCUACAGAUAAAGCCCAUGUGCGCUCCAGUGUUGCUGGUCAUCAAGAAGAUCCUCCACCGUAUACAUUAAUGGAUUGGAGUAUGGCCGAACUUGAGAAAGAAGCUGCUGAGUUUAAUAUGAUUGUCAUUCCUAACCGAUUUAAUUUCUACCAGUACCAAAGGGUGUUUAAUUAUCUGACAGACCACCAUAAAGAUGUUCCCAGUCAGCAGAUUUCUGAUACCUUGGAAGAGAUGAGACGAAGCAGAGGAGGCUAUCUCUGCGGUGUGCCUAUUCCAGAAAUUAUAGCAGAGGCAUGUUCAAAAUUGGCUGCGAGAAAGAAGGCACCAGUCUGACCGUUGAACACUUCAGGUUUAUUUAGCCAUGUUCUUUCUGGUAAACCAGACCAUUGUAACAUGUACUUUUGUGAAAAAUAAAGCGUCGGACGAAUUCUGAGACCCCUUCAUCUGUUGGUUGUUGCAGCCUGGAAUAAGCAUUUUGUUAAGAAAAUAUUUCGUCAAUAAAUAUAUAUAGAAAAAAUGUUUAUACCCCUUACUUUCCUGUAUUUUCAUGUCUGUAUACUCAUGUAUUUGCUUUAAAGAGACUAUGAAUAGUUCAUUGGCCUAUUUGUUUUGGAAUGUUUUUUCAUUUUUUACUAGUGAUUUUCUUGACAACAUUGUUUGAGCCUUACAAAAAUAGAAUUACAUAGAUAAAAAUUUUCAUGUUUGGUAUCACUGGUUCUGUCUUGUUUUGUCACAUUUAGGUAUUCUGUGGCGCUCUCACUGCAGAUUUGCUGAUAUCCACAGACCACGUCUAUUAUCUGCCAGAUCAGUAAUAUCUAGUGGGCCACAGAUUGGUAAAACUAAAUUUACGUGAUUGCAAAUUAUGUGGCUUUAAUGAAUCUUCCAAUAAAAUGACCACAUAACACUACAGUUAUGUUACAUACCAGCCAUGUUAAUGGUGGCCACACAGAAUAAAAACUAGUUGUUCAGCUUGGUCCAAAUUGCCCUUACUUGUGUGGUGCAGAAAAUUAUUUGCAGCCAAAGCAGAUUCAGAUUUAUUUGUUUCAACAGUUAAGAAAGAAGUCAUGCUUAGCUGCCGCAAGUCUCUUAGUUUUGCUAUAAAGCCAUUUAACAGUAAGCUGGCAGAACCAUUAGUGCUGUUGUAAUUGGUGUUCUUGCAUUAUUUGUUUAGUAUGCAUAACAUCAGUGUCUCUGUGUUACAUGUUAAUAAAAAGCUUCUCAUUAA